CCGCACUGGGGAUAGCGGCAAUAUCGGUGAGGAGCCGAAGACGACGUUAUGCGAGACACACUGCGUCAAUGGUAAGUCGAGCGCGAAGAAGCAGUAAGCGUAGACAGCUGACCCGUAACACCUCUGCGCUACAAGCACACAACGCCCACUCAAUAUGACGAUUGUUACACCAGGGGCUUUAUAUAUACGUGCAAACAAGCGCAGCUGCGGCUUUCCGUGCUGCGGGUGAGCGGCAACAUAGCCGCCAGUGAUGCCGACUGAGGAGCAGCUCAAGAGAGACCCCGUGUUCGGACUGGACUCCCGACAAAGCUGGAUCACUGCAUCGUUCUGCGGUGCUCUGCUGUUCCUGGUCUUGUCCACCAUAAGCGUGAGCGGCGUGUUCUUCUACGGCGUCGUCGAAGCCUUCGGAGUGAACAGGGAGCAGGCGUCCUGGCCCGUCACGCUUAGCGGCAGCGUGCUGCCUCUGGCAGGUCCCCUGACGGGCGUGCUAUGCUCUCGCUUUUCGUGCAGAAAAGUGCUGCUCGUUUGUUCCUUCUUCACGGGUAUCGCUGUGAGCCUGUGUUACUUCGCGGAGAGCACAAAUUUCAUCGUUGUGUUCUUCGGCAUCGUUCACGGAACCACACUAUCGGGGCUCUACGUUGCUUCGAACGUGCUCGUGGCUCAGCAUUUUGAGAAGCGAAGAACGACUGCUUGCAGCUUCAUGUUCACAGCUGGUGGACUCAACACUGUUGUCUUCCCUCCACUAAUUGAAUAUUUCUAUUCACGUUACGGUAUCCACGAAGCAUUCUUGCUCUACGGCGCCAUACUGAUGAACGCAUUACCGUGCUGUAUUGCCCUGAGAAGUCCUCCGUGGAUAGACAAACCGAAACCAGUCAGUCAGAAAAAUGGGACAGCGUUGGAUGCCGCCAACAGCUCAUUCAAGCCUGCGUUUUGGAAUUCCGGAACUGAAGAACUCCGCAAACAAAAUGGUGUCAAUUGCAGCGACGAAACGCAUGUAUUCUUGGAGAAAAAUGACGUUCAAGAAACUCAAUCAAGCGCUAGUGCCAGUGUCGAGUUCGCCACCUUCCGUCCUUCAGGAAAGCGAAAAGGAAGAAACAUUGUUAGGUGUAUGAAAAGCGAGCUGGCACCAUUCGAGACACUGAGCUUUUUAGUGAGCGCUUUGUCCUUCACGGCAGUGAACUUUGGAAUGGCGUUGUACGUCCUCCUGUCAACAGAUCUGGCCAGUGACCAUGGAAUCGAACCUUCUAGUGCUGUUUACCUCCUCCAAGCAUUCUCCGUCAGUGACAUCAUCUUCAGAGCUCUCAGUGGUGUAAUCAUAGACUCGAAAAUUGUUUCCCUCGAGUCCGUGAUGCUUCUUGGAUAUCUCAUGCAAGGCGCCGCGUUCGAACUACUCGCGUGGUUCGGAUCCUUCCACAUGAUGCUCACUGCCUCGGCACUCAUGGGUCUCACGUGUGGUGCUAGGAUAGCCCUUCAAGCCCCCGUGAUCGCCAAAGACUUUGGACUCAAGCAGCUGCCUGUCGUUAUGGGAGCGGUGUACUUCUGCAUUGGAGUCGCGUUGCUCCUCCGCCCACCAAUUGUCGGCUACUUUCGAGACAAGCACGGAUCCUACAACGGUCUCCUUCACUGCACAGCAGCCGUCAAUGGUUUAUUGUUGAUUGUCUGGACUAUGAAGCUGCUGAAGAGAAAGAGAUUGGAAUCAACGACAAAGAAGGAGCGAUUGGCCGAAAGAACAUGAAUAGAAAUGCGGAAGUCACUUCUUAUAGCGGCGCACGGACUGCUUAGAAGAGCAAGGACUGCUAUAGCAAGGACUGCUUAGAAGAGACUCGGCAUGGGACGUUAGUUCCCACAAUUUAGUGAGUUUGAGCUCCAAGCUGAGUGAAAUUAUACUCUCGGUUACUCACGACAGCAUCACCACAAUCGCAUGAACUGGACGCACGUCACAAAGUGCCACAUUUGCGAACUUGCUUCAUUCUAUUUCACUUAGAUGACAACUACGUGCGUGUUCGUUCAUAGGACUUCGUACUUAUGCCAUAGCGGAGAAAUGGGUCACUCGUGAAUGUGAUCAGCAACUUACUUAUGUCGUUAUCAUUAUGUUCUACACGUAGCCCAACUGAGGUCUUUAUAUUCGCAUUACCUUGCAUGACAGAGCGCUUUUCUAUUGUCAUUUCCUGUUUGUACAUUUUAUUCUUUGAUAUUUUGUACAUAACUAGGUAUUGCAUCCAAACUCACUUGAAGGGCUUUUACUUUUUCUUCGCCAUGACUUCAAUGAUUUCAAUUAUCUGUGACGAGGAGUAGCUGGCGAUAUGUACAGGCGCUAACAUCACCUGAACAAGUCAAUAUUUUAACAAAAUAAUUGUACAAUUGUACAAUUGGCAUGCUACUGUACAAUUGACAAUGACUUCAGUUUUUGAAUGUUUCAUUGAAAACGUUGAUUUUGUAUUACCGGAGAUGAUUUUUUCAUGUGUCUGUGUUUUGUAAGCCUCCCUGUUCUUCUUUUGAUUCUUUUCCUUCUCCUCAUGCAUUUUGUAACCAUGUUGCAGAUGUACAGAUAGCUUAACUAGGUGCUAUCAGUGUCAUAUGGAAAGUGAACAGCGUAAAGCAUUAACGAUGCUGUGCACAACGCUCAUUACUAUUGUCAGGCAUGUACAUUUGGUUCGCCAGCGCUGAGGAUGUGCGUGUGCCUGUCCGGGGUGAUAAUUGGGUGGUGCUAACUAUAACAUUGCUAGUGCUUGCCGCUUUUUGCUAAUUAGAUGACGUCGAUAGUACAUCAUUUGGUGUUCCGAGCUCA